AAUUGCAGGCAUUACUAGGCUGCUUUUCACCUGAAGGAUCCCGGCAGCAAAUACCUCUAUGUGUGGUGCAUCCAUGACGGAUGGCUGUGCGGUAGAGGACCCGGGGGUGGGACUCGGUGCCGUCACCCCAUGCUUAAUCACUGCACCCGGUGCUGCUCUGCAUUGCCCUCCCCUUCUCACCCCGCUCCCAGCCCAUCCUGUGCCACCCCUGCUGCCAGGCACGAGGCCGGCAAAGAACCCCGCUGCCACAGGGCACUGCUGGGGCUCAGCAUGGAGAGCAGCAGGAAAUUCCUCCUCCCUGAUGGCAUGGCCCAGGGGUUGGGAUUCACUGGUGAUACAACACGCUGCUGCAGCCACGUGCCUUGGGCAACAUCCGGGCUCAUCUUGGCACCUCCUAACAGCAGAGGGUGCCCCGGGCCUGAGGAUCCCGUGAGAGCAGAUUCCCUGGUGCUGAGCAGCUCCCUGCAGAAAUUUGGUGUUAGCAUGAAAGGUGCUGGGGGGCUCGUGUUGCCCCUCUGACACGUUGUGGCAGAGGUACUAGAGGUACUCAGACACAUGCAGGGAUGGCGUUGGGGUCCCUCCAUGUCCCCGCUGUGAUGGGGCUAAGCUCCCACUGCUGCUUCAUGAGCCCUCGCUGACCAUGUUGAGGUCAGGUGCGUGGGGCAUCAGGCAAGAUUCAGCCCGUAAUGCCUUCUGCCUGCUCUGUUAAGAGACAUUCAGACCUGGCAAGCUGUCUCAGGGUGACCCCGCAUCCACAGCACUUGGCUGAGCCUGGUGCAGCAAUGCUGCUUAAUUGAAGCUUCUGCUGCGCUGCGGAGCCAGCGAAGGUGCCAGGGGAUGUUUAGGACCCAGGGGAAGCCCUGGAGAGCGUGUCUGGGUUGGAAGGAGUCCCUGCCUCCCUGCCGGCACUUCUCAGGUGUCCUGCUAAGGGCAGAGCUGCACAAGGUGACGGGGCCCUCCUGGCAGCUCCCCUUCUCCAUGCCCGCUCCCUGAGCCCCCUGUGCACCCAUGUGCUCCCCCAGGGACUGCUGCACACCAUGAACGACCAGUACCACCGAGCGGCCCGGGAUGGCUACCUGGACCUGCUGAAAGAAGCCACCAAGAAGGACCUGAACUCGCCGGACGAGGAUGGCAUGACCCCCACCCUAUGGGCUGCCUACCAUGGCAACCUGGACGCCCUGCGCCUCAUCGUCAGCAGAGGGGGGGAUCCAGACAAAUGUGACAUCUGGGGGAACACUCCUCUUCACCUGGCAGCAGCCAACGGCCACCUGAACUGCCUUUCCUUCCUCAUCUCUUUUGGGGCCAACAUCUGGUGCCUGGACAACGACUACCACACCCCGCUGGACAUGGCAGCCAUGAAGGGGCACAUGGAGUGUGUGCGCUACCUGGACUCCAUUGCUGCGAAGCAGAGCAGCCUCAACCCCAAGCUGGUGAGCAAGCUGAAGGACAAGGCAUUCCGGGAUGCUGAGCGGAGGAUCAAGGACUGUGUGAAGCUGCAGAAGAAGCACCAUGAAAGGAUGGAGAAAAGGUACAGAAAGGAAAUGUUGGAUAACUCAGACACCAUGAGCUUCUCCAGCUAUUCGAGUAGCACCUUAAGCAAGAAGUUCCAGCACAUGUCCAUGGUGACCUCUCUGCCAUACUCACAAGCCACCAUCCACGGCACAGCCAAGGGAAAGACGAAAAUACAGAAGAAGCUGGAGAAGAAGAAGCAGGUGGACGGGACGUUCAAAAUCUAUGAGGAUGGGAGGAAAAGCGUGCGGUCCCUGUCCGGCCUGCAGCUGGGGAACGACGUCAUGUUUGUGAAGCAGGGCACGUACGCCAGCCCCAAGGAGUGGACGCGGCGGAACAUCCGGGACAUGUUCCUCAGCGACGAGGACACGGUCUCCCGUGCCAUAAGCGACCCGGGCCUGCACAUGGACUCGGCCCACUCAGAAGUCAGCACCGACUCCGGCCACGAGUCCUUGUUCAACCGCCCCGGGCUGGGCACCAUGGUGUUCCGGCGCAACUACGUCAGCAGUGGGCUCUUCGGGAUCGGCCGCGAGGACGCCGCUGUGCCGGGGGAAGGCAACGCGGACGGGCUGGGUGUCAAACUGCGCAGCCGCCUGCAGCGCUCGCCAAGUCUCAACGACAGCAUUGGCAGUGCCAACAGCCUGCAGGAGAGGAACGCGGAGGAGCUGCCCUGGGACGAGGUGGAGCUGGGCCUUGAUGACGAUGACGAACCUGAGACCAGCCCCCUGGAGACCUUCCUGGCUUCCCUGCACAUGUUUGAGUUCAUCUCUAUCUUGAAGAAGGAAAAGAUCGACUUGGAGGCCCUCAUGCUGUGUUCAGACAAUGACCUGAAGAGCAUCAACAUCCCAUUGGGCCCCAGGAAAAAGAUUGUGGAUGCCAUCCAGAGGAGACGGCAGACUCUGGAGAGGCCAGAUGUUAUUGUAGACACUGAACUGUAAGUAAGAGAUGGGGCCACUGAGCGAUUAAACCUUUCGGCGGGUGGAGAUUUGGAUAAUGUAAGGUCUGCUUUUCAACUCACCUGGAAAAGUAGGAGCCCAGGUAACCUCAGUGCUUCUGUGUGUGGGCAAAUUCCUGCUUGUGUGGAAAUGAUGAGAGUUCAGAGAGGUGGCAAUAGCAUUAGUUCAUUACUCAACAGCCCUUGUGGCUGGGCAGGAUGUGAAGUCCUUGCUUUGUUUCAUAACCUUUAUGAAUGCAAACUGCUCUGUGGUCUGAUUCUUCUGAGUCCUCUAGCAAGGAUUUCCAGCCACACUCACGCUUGCCUUGACUCUUCACCUUGUGAAAGAAGUAAUGAUGGUUCCCAGUGGGAGCAGGCUGAGCGCACUGCCCAGUGCCAUUGGCAAUCCUUCCCCAGGAGCUUCAGAUCUUCAGAGAUCUUUGGAGAUUGCAUUAUCUGGGUUGGAGCUGUUACUUUAUGGCCUUUCCAGAGUUUGUUUGGCUUGGUUUGGAGGCCUGCAUGCUUGCCAUUGAGGUGAACUGAAGUUAUUAGCAUGGCUGUCCCCGCUGUCACGUCUGCUGACAUCCCAGCCACUGUGCUCCUCCUGCUUCCCAUCCUUCACAAAUCUGUAUGUUUCAUGCUUGUUUUUCCAGCUUCUAGCACAGUCUUGGACCUCCAGGGUGCUGACAGGCUUUUCUCUUUCCUUUUGCAGAUAGCAGCAGCAGCAUUUUACUUUUUUUAUUAUUACUAUUUUUAACAAAACCAACCCAGUUCUAAGUUGCCAUUAAUCACAAGCCAGAGACUCUUCCUGGGGCAGCUGAAAGCUGCAGCCAUCCCCAUCCAUCCCUGUGCCCUGCCCUCCUGCUCCCUCAUCCUGCUCCGUCCGUGAGAUGCUCCCAGCGGCACCUGAUGGAGGACGGCUGGGAUGGGACCGGGCAGCUGCCACCCCCCCCCACUCACCAGAGGAACACAUGUGGGCCUGGGACCACACGAAGCCAUGAAAGGAAGGAGCAGUGUGAUGGUAUUUUGAAGGGACCCAAAAUAAACGAUCACAUCUGUUCUUUCUCGA